CCCAUCUCAUCUGUGGCGUGCUGUUUUGUACUGUCUGUGCUGGGAACAAAUGACCAUAGUGCAAUUAAGUUUUUUUUUGUUAGAAAAUGGGGCAAUUUUAAGGUUCUAAUUUUUGUGAAAAGCUACAAAAAAUACACGUUCAGGAGUCCGAAAAUACCAAAAUGACGACGGAGGAAAAAUUUAACGCUGCCGUAAACGUAAUUAGAAGCCUCCCGAAAAAUGGUUCAUAUCAGCCCAGCAAUGAACUGAUGCUACGUUUCUAUGCUUACUUCAAACAAGCAACUUGUGGGCCCUGUUCAGGAUCACGCCCCUCAUUCUGGGACCUUGUUGGUCGGGCUAAAUAUGAUGCCUGGAAGAGAUUGGGUGAUUUGUCCAAGAACGAGGCUAUGACGAAAUAUGUUGAUGAACUUCAUUCUAUUGUUGAGACUAUGAGUUAUUCUGAUAAAGUUGCCAAUUUUCUUGAAGCUCCCACCAACGAGCUCGAUGGAAUUAACUUUGAUGAUUUGGAGCUAGUAGCUGGGGAUGUAUUGGAAAAAGUUCGUUCCCAGCCUAAUUCUCCUUUAGCUUCCAGAGAAGGUUCUCCUAGUAGAUUUAUUUCUAGCCUUUCAUCAUCACGUUCAGCCUCUCCAACCAUUCCUGUAGAAAAUUCUGAUCAUAGUGAUGACGAAUACAUAGAUACUAUUGAGAAUUUAGAGCCCAAAAAACACUUUCUUAAUGGUUACAUUCCUACUAAUGAAGAUCAAGAGCCUAUUUCCUCUCCAAACGACCAGAAAAUAGUUUCUCAUUUCUCCAGGGGACGCACACGUUCCCAUCAGCAUAAUCAAUUAGAUAUCUCUCAGGAAAUAGCUAAAACAAUUGAAAGUUUAAAAGCUGAUGUUCAGAAAUUAAGCAAUCAGGUUGCUACAGUCGAAAUGAACAAUAAAAAGGUUUUAUUAAGAAGAAAAUCAGGUGUAUUUGCCAAUUUACAGCCACAAACAGUUGUUUUCAUAAUUUUGUGGCCGUUUAUAGCUAAUUUUAUUUUAAACCGAUGGAUUUUGAGGAAAAAAUAACUAUGGAGGUAGUGGUUCUAGUGAUAUACUAUCGUGAUUUUUACAUUUGUUGUCGCUUUAUAAGUUAAGUAUAGUGGUGUUAAUCAUAUUUUAAUUUGUUUUUUUUUUAUUAUUGUUAAUUAUUUUUGAAUUUUAUAAUAAAUGGUUUGGUAAUUUAUAAAAAUAG